AAGAAAUAUAGAAUACGAAUGACGUGAUAUACGAAAGUGGGUGUGCCUGUCAUUGGCUAGCCGGCUAUUAAACGUGAAGGUUUUCUUUGAUACUAUUCGAUAUUAUUCCAAUUUUAUUUUUCGAAAACAGUGUUAUUUAUACAUAUUUUUAAAUAUAUUUAUUACAAUUUAUUAUACAAAUAAAAAUGUCACAACAACAAUACUAUCCAUUUAAAUGUACUCCUACAGUAUAUCCUGCAGAACCAUUUGAUGCAAAUGCAGAUGCUGCACUGUUACGUAAAGCAAUGAAAGGUUUUGGUACUGAUGAGAAAACAAUUAUUGAUGUACUUACAAGAAGAGGAAUUGUUCAGAGAUUAGAAAUUGCUGAAGCAUUUAAAACUUUGUAUGGAAAAGAUUUGAUUAGUGAUUUAAAAAGUGAAUUAACAGGGAAAUUAGAAGAUGUUAUAAUUGCUCUUAUGACACCAUUACCUCAUUAUUAUGCUAAAGAAUUACAUGAUGCUGUUAGUGGAUUAGGAACUGAUGAAGAAGCAAUUGUAGAAAUUUUAUGUACUUUGAGUAAUUAUGGUAUACGUACUAUUGCAGCAUUUUAUGAAAAUUUAUAUGGAAAAUCUCUUGAAAGUGAUUUGAAAGGAGAUACUUCGGGUCAUUUUAAGAGAUUAUUAGUGUCUCUUGUGCAAGCAAAUAGAGAUGAAAAUCAAGGAAUAGAUCAAACUCAGGCUAUAGCAGAUGCUCAAGCAUUAUAUGAAGCUGGUGAAAAACAAUGGGGUACAGAUGAAUCACAGUUUAAUGCUAUUUUAGUAGCUCGUAGUUAUCAACAAUUAAGACAGACUUUUAUUGAAUAUGAAAAAAUAUCUGGGCAUGAUAUUGAAGUUGCUAUUAAAAAGGAAUUUUCUGGAAAUCUUGAAAAAGGUUUACUGGGAAUAGUGAAAUGUGUAAAAUCAAAAGUUGGUUUUUUUGCUGAACGAUUGUAUGCCAGUAUGCAUGGUAUUGGAACAAAAGAUAGAACACUAAUUCGCAUUAUCGUUUCUCGAAGUGAAAUUGAUUUAGGUGAUAUUAAAAAAGCUUUUGAAGAACGUUAUGGAAAAUCAUUGGAAAGUUGGAUUGCUGGUGACACAUCUGGUGAUUACAAAAAAGCUUUACUCUCGCUUGUUUCUACUUAAAUAAAAAUAAAUUUAAUAAUGAAUUCUUAAACU